GCGCGUGGCCUGCCCGGCGGCCGCGGCCCGGGCCCGGGAGGCGGAGGCCGCGCCCGGGACAUGCGGCCGCUCCCGCCGCGGAGGAGGAGAUGAGGCUCCGCCAUGGCACCGUCCUCACGCUGCUGCUCGGAUGCCUCUGCGCGCUGCUCUCGCUGUCGUGGUACGGCGCCUUCGGCGGGCACAAGGGCGACGUUGUGGACAUCUAUCAGCGUGAGUUUCUGGCUCUCCGGGACCGUCUGCAUGCUGCCGAACAGGAAAGUCUGAAGCGCUCCAAAGAGCUGAACCUGGUUCUGGAUGAGAUCAAGCGUGCCAUCUCAGAGAAGCAGGCCUUGAGGGACAUCAACCGGACAUGGAGCAGCUUGUCCGAUGAAACCAAGUUAAAGCUGUGGAACAUCACCAACAAGAACGUGCUGCAUCUUCCCACCAUCUUCCAUCAUUUGCCACAUUUGCUGUCAAAGGAGAACAGUCUGCAGCCAGCUGUGCAUGUGGGACAGGGGCGCACUGGAGUGUCCAUCGUGAUGGGAAUCCCCAGCGUGAAGCGGGAGGUGCACUCCUACCUGACGGACACACUCAACUCUCUGAUCUCGGAGCUCACCCAGCAAGAGAAGGAGGACUGCGUGAUCGUUGUCCUGAUUGCUGAGACGGACGUGCAGUAUACGACCGGAGUGGCAGAGAACAUCAAAACCUUGUUUCCCAAGGAAAUACACUCUGGUCUCCUGGAAGUCAUUUCCCCAUCGCCACACUUCUACCCUGAUUUCUCCCGCUUGCGGGAAUCAUUUGGGGAUCCUAAGGAGAGAGUCAGGUGGAGGACUAAACAGAACCUCGACUACUGCUUUCUAAUGAUGUAUGCACAGUCCAAAGGCAUCUACUAUGUGCAGCUGGAGGAUGACAUUGUGGCCAAACCAAACUAUCUCAGCACAAUGAAGAACUUUGCUCUGCAGCAGCCAUCUGAGGAGUGGAUGAUCCUGGAGUUCUCCCAGCUCGGGUUUAUUGGGAAGAUGUUCAAGUCACUGGACCUCAGCUUGAUUGUAGAGUUCAUUCUCAUGUUCUACAAGGACAAGCCCAUCGACUGGCUCCUGGACCACAUCCUCUGGGUCAAAGUCUGCAACCCAGAGAAAGAUGCAAAACAUUGCGACAGACAGAAAGCCAACUUGAGGAUUCGCUUCAAGCCCUCGCUCUUCCAGCAUGUGGGAACCCACUCCUCCUUGGCUGGGAAGAUACAGAAACUAAAAGACAAAGAUUUUGGAAAGCAAGCCCUGCGGAAAGAGCAUGUCAACCCUCCGGCAGAGGUGAGCACCAGUCUGAAAACCUACCAGCAUUUCACCCUGGAGAAGGCCUACCUGCGAGAGGACUUCUUCUGGGCUUUCACCCCUGCGGCUGGAGACUUCAUCCGAUUCAGAUUCUUCAAACCUCUCCGCAUUGAAAGGUUCUUCUUCCGCAGUGGCAACAUCGAGCACCCAGAAGACAAACUCUUCAACACAACCGUGGAGGUUUUGCCGUUCGAUAGUCUCCAGUCAGAUAAGGAAGCCCUGCAGGAGGGAAGAGGUACAGCAUUCAAGUACCACAGGACAUCAGAUGGCUACAUACAGAUAGGUGCCUUUUUGAAGGGUGUUGCAGAAGGAGAAGUGGACCCUUCCUUUGGGCCUCUCGAAGCCAUCCGGCUCUCCAUCCAGACCGACUCUCCUGUGUGGAUCAUCUUGAGUGAGAUCUUUAUUAAGAAGGCAGAAUGAGAUUCCCAGGCUGACGGGUGGCGGCACCAAGCAGUUCCAGAUUCUUCCCUUCCCCCUUCCUCCUACUCCCGUCCCCGAGUCUGCAGUGUCUGGGCAACCCAGUUGUGAGCACGUGUGUGCAUAGCACCACGCUCUGCUCCAGGGCUGGAAGAAGAAAAAUCUGCAGUCAAGAGACAAGGACCCCAGUGAGCACCACACUAGACUGCAGGACAGAGACACGUUCCCACACGUGGGUGCUGGGCAGAAUUAAACAAGGCCGCAUUGUGCCAGCACUGGCACACGUCUGCAGCCACCUCUGCUAGGGCGCAGAGGCUGGGGCAGGACAGGGCAGCCCCUCCUCUGUGGCCGUCUGAAGAGCAAAGAAGACCUGCUUUCCAGUGCAAAGGUUUGGUUUUGUUCCCUUGGGUAAGGACCAUGCUGUCACUAAUCCUCUCAUGGGUGUUUCCGACUGAGUGUAUCACUUGGGUCACGCUAACACGCAGUGCAGUUUAGCAUUGUCCUGAAACUAAGGACCUAACAUGCAUGAAGGCCAAAGGCACCUUCCACCCAGGGGAGGGUGGUCUCCGGCUGGGCUGGAGGAGGUAAGGUAGGGUGGUCUGUGGCAGGAGCAGUAUGAGGGAACCUCAAUCUUGACAUGAACCAGUGGAGACUGAAUUCCCAUUACUGGCUGCCAGACAGGGUUGACUUGACAUACAUUGGAGGAACAGCCAAGAGUCUGCCUCCCUAGUCUUUCCCUCCCUCAAACCAGGGGCAGUUGCUGUGGGCCAAAGCUGAGGAUUGUGUGAGUAUGAAGACUGAGCCCUCUCUUGGUCCAAGAGAGGGGAUUAGCUGUAUGGAGAUGGCAGGGAAAUAGAAAACCACACUGUGCCUGCCAGUGUUGUACAUGGCCCUGUAGCUCAUGUUGAAGUCUCCAGUGCCUUCAUGCCACAAGAUGAAGUGCAAAAUCCAUCUUUUUAAGAAAUAUUUCAGUAUCCUGGUUGAUGUGAAUUUUUGGAAAAAAGUAGCCCAGUUCUAAAAUGGUAGGGAUUAGUGUAAUAUUUUCAGAGCAACUUUCUGGAAUCCCAAUGUUUCUUCAGCUAUACACUGGAAUGCAUUAUACUACUUCAAUGUGCUGUAUUUUUUAUUAUUGGAUACAUUUGAUUUUUCAAGUACAUCUAUAUAUAAAUAUAUAAAAUGUGCACUGUAAUAAAGUUUAAUUUAAAACCCUU